GACUGAGGCCGAGCGUUGGACUCGACGGAACAGAAUGCCGCGCGAGAUCGUCACCGUCCAGAUCGGCCAAUGCGGGAACCAGAUGGGCUCCGUGUUCUGGCAGCGCCUCUGCGCCGAGCACGGCAUCAACAAGGAGGGCAUCCUCGAGGAGUGGGCCACCGAGGGCGGCGACCGCAAGGACGUCUUCUUCUACCAGGCCGACGACGAGCACUACAUCCCCCGCGCGAUCCUCGUCGAUCUCGAGCCGCGGGUCAUCAACAACAUCAUCACCUCGCCCUACGCGAACCUCUACAACCCAGAGAACAUAUUCGUCUCCAAGGACGGCGGCGGCGCAGGGAACAACUGGGCCCAGGGCUACUCGGCGGGCGAACGUCUCUAUGAAGACAUCAUGGAGAUGGUCGACCGCGAGGCCGAGGGCAGCGACUCGCUCGAGGGAUUCAUGAUGCUGCACUCCAUCGCGGGCGGCACGGGCUCCGGGCUCGGCUCCUUCCUCCUCGAGCGCCUGAACGACAAGUUCCCGAAGAAGCUCAUCCAGACCUACUCCGUCUUCCCGAACGCGCAGGAGGGCGACGUCGUCGUGCAGCCGUACAACGCGCUGCUCACCCUCAAGCGCCUCACGAACCACGCCGACUCGGUCGUCGUCCUCGACAACGGCGCACUCGCGCGCAUCAACGCCGACAGGCUCCACACGUCGACGCCCUCGUUCGACCAGACGAACCAGCUGGUGUCGACGGUCAUGGCCGCCAGCACGCAGACCCUCCGCUACCCGGGCUACAUGAACAACGACCUCGUCGGCAUCAUCGCCUCGCUCAUCCCGACCCCGCGCUGCCACUUCCUCAUGACCUCCUACACCCCCUUCACGAGCGACAACAUCGACAAGGCGAAGCCCAUCCGGCGCACGACCGUCCUCGACGUCAUGCGCCGCCUCCUGCAGCCCAAGAACCGCAUGGUCUCGACGACGCCGAGCAAGACGGCGUGCUACAUCUCCAUCCUCAACAUCAUCCAGGGCGACGUCGACCCGACCGACGUCCACCAGUCGCUGCUCCGCAUCCGCGAGCGCCAGCUCGCCAACUUCAUCCCGUGGGGGCCCGCCUCGAUCCAGGUCGCGCUCACGCGCCGCUCGCCGUACGUGACCACGAACCACCGCGUGAGCGGCCUCAUGCUCGCGAACCACACCAGCAUCGCGUCGCUGUUCAAGCGCAUGCUCGACCAGUUCGACCGCCUCCGCAAGCGCAACGCGUUCCUGGAACAGUACAAAAAGGAGAAGAUGUUCGAAAACGGGCUCGAGGAGUUCGACGACGCGAGAGCGACCGCCGAGGAGCUGCUGAAGGAGUACAAGGCUUGCGAGAGCCCAGAUUACAUCUCCUACGGCGCCGCCGACGGCGAUCAGGCUGGUUAAAUCGUCGUCUCUGCUAUCCUCGUGUACCUGUUCUAUCGCCCCCAUGUAUCCCUUACUCUUACUCUGUACUACCAUCCGAUACACAUAAAGCUUUUCAAAUUGG